ACGUGUUUGCUGGGGGAACAAAAUAUCUGGAAGCGACCGUGAAGUGUCAUGUCGUCUCCGGCAGUUCUUGGCUGACUUCUACCUUUCUCUCUCUCUCUCUCUCUCUCUCUCUCUCUCUCUCUCUCUCUCUCUGUAUGUGUAUGUGUGUGUGUGUGUGUGUGUGUGUGUACACUGGAGCCGGAGCGCAGCGCGGAGAGGAGAGCAGACCUCUUUACUCCCUGAGUGACUGGACAGACCGGGACAGACGGACAGGGGAGCGGGCACUCACAGUUGUCUCUGUGCAAUUUGAAAUUCCAUUGAACUUGAUCAGCGCCAGAGAGAUGACAGGGGGCUGCUUGUGGACGGCGGCACUGGUUCUUGUCGCUGUUUGUGUGGAGGUUGCUGUAUUGGCCAACGAUGGAGACGCAGUGUUCAUCAGGGAAUUCACUCUGAUUCGACGAGACCACCUUCCAGAAGAGCCGCUCCAUGAUGUCAGCCAAAAACCAGAAGACCCUAGCUCACGGACGGCCCGAUCAGAAGAGGACAGAGACACUCUGUGGGAUGCCUGGGGCUCGUGGAGUGAAUGCUCCCGUACCUGUGGAGGAGGUGCCUCAUACUCCCUCCGACGAUGCCUCAGCUCCAAAACCUGUGAAGGGCAAAAUAUCAAAUAUCGCACAUGCAGUAAUGUGGAUUGCCCUCCAGAUGCAGGUGAUUUCCGUGCCCAGCAGUGUUCAGCUCAUGCAGAUGUGCGAUACCAGGGUCAGUACCAUGAAUGGCUGCCUGUGUACAAUGACCCAGACAACCCCUGCGCUCUCAAGUGCAAAGCCAAGGGCACGGGCCUUGUGGUGGAGCUGGCGCCCAAGGUGCUGGAUGGGACACGCUGUUACACCGAGUCCUUGGACAUGUGUAUCAGUGGAGUCUGCCAGAUUGUAGGUUGUGAUCAUGAUUUGGGGAGCACAGUGAAGGAGGACAACUGCGGCGUCUGCAAUGGAGAUGGCUCAUCCUGCAGACUGGUGCGAGGACACUACAAAUCCCAGCAUGAUUCAGGAAAAACUGAGGACACAGUUGUUGUCAUCCCCUAUAAGAGUCGUCAUGUCCGUCUAGUCCUGAAAGGCCCGGAUCACUUGUACGUGGAGAGUAAGACCCUACAGGGGUUAAAAGAUGAGCUGGUCUUGGAUAAGUCAGGCCAGUACCACCUCGAGAACACCAGCUUGGACUUCCAGAAACUUUCAGAUAAGGAGGUCCUGAGAAUCACUGGCCCACUCGGAGCUGACUUCACUAUCAAAGUGCAGUUUGCCAGUGGAGCAGACAGUGUGGUCCAGUACAUCUACUACCAGCCCAUCAUCCACCGCUGGAGAGAGACCGACUUCUUCCCUUGCUCCGUCACGUGUGGUGGAGGCUACCAGCUCACCUCAGCAGAGUGCUUUGACCUUCGGAGCGGCCGGGUGGUUGUAGAUCAGUAUUGCCAUUAUUACCCAGAGAACGUCAAACCUAAACCCAAACUCCAGGAGUGCAACAUGGAGCCCUGCCUGGCCAGUGAUGGCUACAAGCAAAUUAUGCCAUAUGACCUCUACCAUCCUCUGCCUCGAUGGGAGAGCAGUCCCUGGACCGCCUGCUCCACCUCCUGCGGUGGAGGCAUCCAGAGUCGCUCGGUAUCCUGUGUGGAGGAAGACAUGCAGGGUGUCAUCACUCCCACUGAGGAAUGGAAGUGUCUCUACUCCCCAAAGACAGCUAUCCUGCAGCCCUGCAACACCUUCGACUGCCCCACCUGGCUGGCACAGGAGUGGUCACCUUGCACGGUGACCUGUGGUCAGGGUCUUCGCUACAGGGUGGUGUUAUGCAUCGAUCACAGAGGCCUCCACGCUGGAGGUUGCAACCCCACCACCAAACCCCACAUCAAGGAGGAGUGCCUGGUGACUGUGCCCUGCUAUAAGUCCAUGGAUACGCUUCCAGUUGAAGCAAAACCUGUGUGGCAUAAGCAGGCCAUAGAACUGGAGGAGGAGACCAUCGUUACUGAGGAACCAACCUUCAUCCCUGGUCCCUGGCAGACCUGCAGCAGGACAUGCGGCGCAGGGACCCAGCAACGGACCGUCAAGUGCCAGGUGUUGCUGUCCUUCUCCCAGACUGUUGCUGACCUGCCGGAUGAUGAGUGUGAGGGCGUCAAACCUGCAAUGAGUCAGCCUUGCUACCGUACUCCCUGCUCUGGUGUUUUGGGCAAAGGACAAGAAAGCGAAAAGGAGGAGGAGGAAGAGGAGGAGACACCUGAAAGAGAGGAACUCCACGACUGGGAGUAUGAGGGGUUUACGGAGUGCUCAGAGAGUUGUGGUGGAGGUGUGCAGGAGGCUGUAGUCAUCUGCCUGAACAAGCAGACCAGGGAGGCAGCAGACCAAAGCCAAUGUGUGAGCUCCCGUCGGCCCCCGCAACUCCUCCAGGACUGCCAGACUCAGCCCUGCCCACCCAGGUGGGAAACGGGAGAAUGGAGUUCAUGCUCUGCUACUUGUGGGGUUGGUCUGAUGACCCGCACUGUGGCAUGCACUCACCGACCCUCUCGGGACAGCAACCGUACUGAGGUUUUAAGGGAUGAAGACUGUCAGAACCCCAAGCCUGGUCCCGUCCAAGCCUGCAACCGCUUUGACUGCCCUCCUAUGUGGGACACACAUGACUGGGGACAGUGCUCCCGGAGCUGUGGUGGUGGAUUUCAAAAGAGGCAGGUCCUGUGCAAACAGCGACUGGCAGAUGGCAGCAUCCUGGAGCUGCCUGACACAUUUUGCCCUUCCAAGAGCCCUGCAAACCAGCAGCCCUGUGCCAACCAAGAUUGCCCACCUCAGUGGGUCACAACAGGCUGGUCCCAGUGCUCAGUGACCUGUGGAAAUGGCAUUCAGAGACUACAGGCAGUCUGCAGAAAACAAGGGGAAGAUGGGGGACAUUGGACCAUAGGUCCUGAGAACUGUUCCCUGAUUGCCCAGCCCACCAGAGUGCGGCCAUGCUCCCUUAGGCUCUGUGACAACUCUGUCAAGCCUGAUCCCACCAUACUGGCCCAGAGGAAGGUGUACAUCCAGUGGAGGAAGGGCAAAAAGUUACACUUGGUAGUGGGAGGCUAUGCCUACCUGCUCCCCUGGACAACUGUGGUCCUUCGAUGUCCAACCCGCCACUUCCGCAGGGGCCACAUCGAAUGGUUGAAGGAAGGCAAGCCCCUGGUCAACCUCCCACGUCUCUCCAUAACAUCACUAGGAUAUGUGAAGAUUCAUCAGGUUCGUGCAUCCGAUGCAGGGAUAUACACGUGUGUUGCAGGUCCGGCACAAGAACAUUUUGUCCUGCAAAUCAUUGGCAACAAGCAGAAGCUCUCUAUUCCAGAGGUAUGGCUCCUUGCAGGAGGACAACAAAAGGUUGGGCAGCCAGAUGUGUCCACAACGGGAGAAAGAUUUCAGGAGCUACCCAUCUCCCUCAACCAAUAUGACAACAUUGUUGAGCAUUUGCUUGAACUCAAAGGGUCUGAAGAUGAAAAAGACAUUGCUGAUAAGACACACUCAAGUGAAAAGAACAGGUCGACCCUGGAGGAUGAGCGCUCAGAACAUCCAAGUCUGCUCGUACUCAUCGCAGACACCCACAGGUUAGAUGAGCUCACACACAACCUCUCUGAAGGCUUCAAAGGGCCAUGGGGCGAACAACUCGUCGCACAAUUGCUCAGUGAGCUCACUAUGACACAAGGUGAAACCAAUGAGUCUACUCUUCAUCCCCCGGAAAGCGCAGAAUCCUCCACGCCAGGGCCCCUCCUUUACAAACCAAACAUCAAAGCGCACACAUCCAGGCCAAGAAACCCGGUGAUAAUCCAACGUUCCAGGAAGGUCGGAGUGGUGAUGUCGUCUGACAUGAUAGUCCAUGUGGGAGUGCCAGCUUUGCUGCAGAAACCCAUUGCUAGUUUGGAGCUGAGGUGUGAGGCACUGGGGAACCCUGAACCAUCCCUAACAUGGACAAAGAAUGGAAAAGAGUUGCACUACAACAGCAGAGUAGUCCUGUUGCCCACUGGCUCACUGAGGAUCCAGUCUCCAAGCAAGGUGGAUGAGGGUCUGUACACCUGCACCGCAAGGAACCGUCUUGGGUCUACGUCCCUUUCAUCAUGGCUGCAGAUUACAGGUGGCAAAGGAAGAAUGUGUGUCGAAGGCAAUGGUAUGGGAACAAAUGGCCCUAAUUGCUCUGAGAGGGGCAACAGCAGCCAGUCUGAGCUGUGUCGUGGACAAGCCUGCCCCCUCAGGUGGCAAGUGGAUCUUUGGUCACCAUGUUCAGCCAGUUGUGGAGGUGGGUCCCAGACCAGGAGUAUCCGUUGCAUGAAGGGUCCUGAGGGCAGAUCAAAAGAGGUGGGGAGUCAGCACUGCCUUGGCACAGGAAAGAGACACUCUGACACCAGGCUAUGCAACCAACUGCCCUGUGCCAGAUGGACCACUACCCACUGGGGACCGUGUCAUGGUCAGUGCGUGGGUCCCAGUUUGGCCACACAGCACCGCCAUGUUUACUGCCAAGACACAAAUGCCACCAAAGUCCCCUACAGGAUGUGCAGUGGACUCCAGAGACCCAGCUCCUUGAAGAAUUGCUCAACAGAGGCCUGUGCCCUUCACUGGCGUGUGGGGCCGUGGACACAGUGCACUGCCACCUGUGGACGGCAUGGUUUCCAGUCACGCCAGGUGACCUGCAUGCACCGUCGAACUGGAAGGGCCACACGUGAACAUCACUGCAUGUGGAGGCCUCGCCCUCCCAGCUGGCAGCGAUGCAAUAUUUUGUCCUGCGGCAGAGCAGGAGAGUGUCGAGACAGCACGAGGUACUGCGAGAAGGUUCGGCAGUUGGAGCUGUGUCCGCUGCCCCAGUUUAAGAACCGCUGCUGUCAUUCCUGCCGAAACACCUGAGGUGGGGACGUGAGACGAGGGCCAUGGACAAGCUGGAUAGGUCAGGGAAGAUGCUCAGACUGACCAACAGAGACUUGAAACCUCUAUGCCCCGUCCUUACACCCACAGCUGUCUUCAGUGAUCAGUCUUGGAUGGGGUUUCCUGAGUGUGUAGGAGUGUUUGGAUGGUCAUAGUGCCUGUGAUCUUGUGUGGGUUUGAAUUUGAAGGUUUUGAGAGGAGUGACAUGUCUGUUAGUGAAGGCUUCAGUUUCACUUCUUUUUUUAAAAUUAGAAGUUCACGCUGGCAGCUUUCCUUAAUUAUGCCAGAGCAAAGAUAGAUUUCCAUUGUGUGUAAUAGAAAUUAGUGGUUGCUCUUUUGUUUCAUCGGUGACUAAUGACCAGUCCGCAUUAAUAGUAUCUGGUGGGGUUUGCGGGUUUUCCUAAAACAAAUGGAACAAAAGUGCUGCCUCACCAUGAUCUGUUAUAGCCCCAUCACUUCAUGUCCAAACUAGGGUGCAUAUUAUAUUACAAUUUAGCUAACAGUACACAAAUAUGUAAUUAAUAUACUUUUUUUUAUUGAUUGACUUCAUACCCUGGUAUUCUGGGUAGACCCCUUAGCUUUUGAUAACCACUGGAUAGUUGUGUGUUUGCCUUUAUUGCAAUGGUCUCCAAAACAGUGUUGGAAAAAAUUGUUUUGAUGCUAAAUAAGCUUUUAUUAAUGACGUAUGGGUAAACUCUUGUUUAAAACUGAAAUACAGCAAAAUGCUGCAUAUAAAUGGGAACUGUCUAGAAUGACUAAAAGCCUAAUAUAGAUAACAUUUAGUCACCUAGGUAACUGAUCAUGGUCUGUGCUAUCAUUUUGGGUCAUUUAGCAUGUGUUGACCACAGUGAUUGGUCAAGUCAUUUAAAGAGAAAAGGAAUUAGGAUUGCAGGUGUUUUAAGUGCAUUUUUUGCGGAAUAAAAAGUAGGUUAAGAUAAAGAUUUGUCUUGCAUGGGUUGCACUAUGGGGGUGUAUGACUGAAGCAAGUCAAUUUUUGGAAACAAUUUUGCACUCAACUCAUCCAAGUCUUUGUUAAGAACAUGGCUUGUAGAGUUUUUUUUUUUUUUAGUUUGUAAAGUUACAUUGUUUAUAUAUUUUGUUUUGUGAUCUUGGCAUUUUUUGUAAAGAUAUUUUGUUAAAAUGUCCCUUUAACCACUUUGUGAUGUUAGCAUGUUUAAACAUGAACUGAGCAUAAUAGUUCCUCACUGAGGUCAUAAAGCCCAUUUCCUUCUGUCAAUUCAUAUUUUUGCUUUCCUGUCUCAUUUUAGGAAAACAACAAAGUUACAUUUGACAGUUCUUAUGUAAGUGUUCUUCCUUGGACAGAUUUCAGUGUUAGUUGAACUUAAAAUAUGUAAAUAUGACGUCUGUGUUAUAUUUGGAUAUUGGUUAAACAGUAGGGAAGCUUUUAAAGAUCAUUAUUCAUGUACCAUACAUUAUUGUACCAUAUAGACAGGGUUUGCACUUUUGACAUUAUGUCCUGGGUUCCACAAUUCUUCAUCAUUAAGUGCAACACAUACCUUAGCAGGAGACUACUUGGCCUUUCAUUAAGGUGUGAUUAUUUGAUUUUAUGAGAGGAAAACAUAAUUAACAUAUUACUUAUGCUCUUAAGUUAUGUAGAUAUUUGUUUUGUCCUUUUCACUAUUUAUUUUAAUGAGUGUUCUUGUGCAUAGUUUUGUAAAUAAUAACAGUGGUGGGUUUUAAGUAUUCAUUUCCCGACAGUUUUUUGGUAUUUGAUGUGCAUGCAAUAGGCACCCACUGCUGGUGACUUGAUGUGUUGCUCUCUGCUCAUGCCUGGUUAAUCAUGAAAUAAAACCAAAUACAUUCCUUUAAUAA